AUGGCGGCAGAGGACGAGUACAUCCGCAGGGAGCUCGCCGAGACAACUUCAUUCUGCAACGCCUUCUGGGGCAUCGGAGACGGUGGAUUCGAAGCCGUGCAGGCGCGGCUGCGUGGCGCGAACCGGACGCUUGACGAGCUGCGCUUUAUCUACAAGGAACGCGCCGAUAUCGAGGCCGAGUACUCCAAACGGCUCGCCAAGCUGGCCAAGACCAGUGUCGGCAGGGACGAGACGGGCGGGAUGCGCCAGGCGCUGGAGACGCUCAAGCAGGAGAUCGACAUCACCGCUCGCUCCCACGCCGAGCUGGCCAGCGUCAUGAAGAAGGAGCUUGAGGGCGCUGUCGCAGACUUUCAGGCGCGCGUCUCUAACUCCCGGAAGAAUGUGAGCGCAUCCAGCGAG